AUGCAUUCGACUACAUUAUUCUUCCUUGUUGCUGGUCUCCUUCUAGCUGUUUGCUUGGCAUCUGAAGAUUUAGGAAAUUCUGAAUUCAAUCAUCCAAAGAAUUUGAUUUGGAGAUCUCCUGAAGGUAUUCGUGUCAAAAGAUAUGGAGGAUGGGGAGGAGGUUAUCCAGGAAUGUACGGUGGAUACGGUGGAGGAUAUCCUGGAAUGGGAGGAUAUGGAGGCGGUUAUGGAGGUGGAUAUCCAAUGGGUGGAAGUUAUGGAAGCAGUUCUUGGGGUAGCUACUCAAGUUCCAGAUCUGGAGGAUAUAGCAGCUUUAACAACGGAUACUUUGGACGAUAA